AUGUCGCAACCAACAAGUCAAUCUCCAGCAUGUGUUAGGGUUUCCGCUCUAACGGGUGGCCAUCUUACCCUUCCCGAGAAACUCUUUGUGACCGACGCCGAUAAAUCUAAACGAACGUUGGUACCGUCAAUGUGUUUCCUAGUCGAAAGGUGCGAUCCGACACACGACGGCAAGAUAACCCGAAUAGUGUGGGAUCUAGGUCUCAAACGGGACUUGGCCGCCUACGAGCCUGCUAUGCACCAUCAUAUUGCCAAUCGCCAACCCAUGUUGACCCAGCCAGAUGUCGCACAGUGUCUGCGAAAUGGAGGGCUUGACCCUACUAAAGAUAUUGACAUCGUCAUGUACAGCCACGUACAUUGGGACCAUGUCGGAACUCCAAGCGAUUUUCCGAAUUCGACGUUUAUAGUAGGAUCAGGGACGCUUCAUCUGCUUGCCCGGGGCGCUCCGCCUCAUUAUCCCGCGGACAUUUUCGACGCAAAGAUGCUGGAUGAGUCGCGGACCAAGGAACUGCCGUACGUCCACGAGGCAGAUGCGAUCUACGCACGAAAGGAGCUUCAAACAAAUCAUAAGUGGAAGCCAGGAUUUGGAUUCCCAGCUGUCGUCGACUUCUUUGGUGACGGAAGCGUUUUGAUAGUUGAUAGCCCGGGUCACCUGCGAGGACACAUCAAUGCCUUGCUUCGUAUUGAUAAGGACCGUUAUGUUUAUCUCGGCGGUGACUGCUGUCAUGAUAUCCGCAUUUUGGAAGGGACCAAAGACAUUGCACUUUAUGAUGAUGGACAUGGUCAGCUGAGAAGCGUGCAUAUGGAUACGGAUACUGCGAGACGGACAAUUGCUCAGAUCAAAGAGUGUCUGGGCGAGUCGUCUGAGCUGCGGAGGCAAAAUACUAAAGUUGAGGUAGUUGUGGCGCAUGACGGAUCGUGGAUGGAGAGAAACCCACAUUGCUUCUUUCCUGGGUAUAUAUAA